CUCGUGGCCGUGCCCACGGACACGGUGUACGGCGUGGCCUGCCUGGCCCAGGACCCGCGCGCCGUGCGCCGCAUCUACAGCCUGAAGGGCCGCAACGGCGCCAAGCCGCUCGCCGUCUGCCUGGGCGACGUGGAGCUCGUGCACAGGUACUGCCACGUGAACGUGCCCGACGCGCUGCUGCGGGACCUGCUGCCCGGGCCUGUCACCCUGGUGCUGCGGCGCUCGGAAGAGCUCAACAAGGACUUGAAUCCCUUCACGUCGCUGGUUGGUGUUCGAGUUCCGAACCACCCCUUCGUUCGGGAGCUGGCGCGGGCUUGUUCGGGACCCCUGGCUCUGACGAGCGCCAACGUCAGCUCCCAGGCCAGCACCCUCACCGUCUCGGAAUUCCAAGACCUUUGGCCUCAGUUGUCCUUAGUCAUUGAUGGAGGCCCCAUAGGGGACGUUCAGAGCCCCGAAUGUCGUCUGGGCUCAACUGUGGUCGAUUUAUCGGUGUCGGGCAGAUUUGGCAUCAUUCGCCCCGGCUGUGCACUGGAUUCUACGGUGGAAAUCCUGAGGCAGAAGUACGGCUUGAUACUGGAAUCGUCUUGAGCCGUGGGACCGAAGCAGCUCUGCGGAGCUGGUAACGCUGGGCACCGUGUGCCCGCCUGCACGCUCAGGAAGCGAGCGCUAACGACCUUGUUUAAUGAGGUUGAUGGACUGUGUCGGGCUGCUGGCCAAAGGAUGACGAGAGCAACAGUUAGUGGGUGCCUCUGUGUCCUGUCUGCUGUAGUCUGAGGAACCAACCCCCCUUUCUUGCUGACCUUUGUGGUGUUGUACUAUUCCCAAAUUAUUAUUCUGUUUUAAAUACAAUCAAACCUAUUAAGACUAAACUGUACGUGCUUUAAAAAAA